GAAGAAAGCGCUUUAAACCUGAGAAAGGGUUUGAUUUUAUUUUACAAAGUUUGUGAUCAAUGAUGAUAAAGCUAAUUUUCUUUCAGUUCUUGUAAAUUGUUAGAACCAGAUGUGCCCCAAGACGAUCAUCUGUUUUGGAAAUGUGAUGGGAUGUGUCUCUCAUAUAGUGAAAUAUCUAACUGUCAAUCAAACGGCCAAUCAGAAAGCUGGAUUUGAUACAAGUCUGAAAGUGAUUUCUGUCUUAUGAACCUUCGACUAAACUUUAUAAUAUCAAUACACAAAACUUGGAGGUGGAUCAAUCAUGACUAAAUUUACAGAGUGCAACUAUCCAUUUGAAAAGCAAAAUUAACUAAAAUACACAGUAAAAAAAAAACCAAGACACUGAACAGAAUGGCAACUCAGACAGGGGUGGUGUUACCACAGCUACGACGAUCACAUCACAAAAAUCAGUUUGAGAUUGUAGAGCAAGAUUAUGAUGCCAUCCGUGUUCAAAGUCCGCGUCGACAAUUACGGACAUCCUACGAUAAUGACAGAAGUAUUGUCACUCCCAAAUCAGGGAGGCUCAUGGUUCUGGAGGAUAAGGUGGCAAAGGCCCUGGAGCAACAGAGUCAGGUUCUAUCUCAGCAGGAACAGGUGGCCAAAGCCUUGAAUGACCAGCAGAGGAUGACCGAGGGCCUCAUACAGAAAGCGUUCGACAACCGGGAGGAUUUCAUAGAGAACCUGAGUCGUGUACAAAAUGACAGAUUGGAGGAAAAUACCAAGCAUCUUUUACAAAACCACAUCAGCUACAUCACAGCUAUUGUGUCAAGACUGAACAAAGACAUUUCUACCUUGGAAGAUGAAAUUCGUAACAGGGACAUGGCAGUAGUUGGAACAAAUUCUGCUGUUGGGAAAAUCGAAGUCCAUCAGGUGACCAUGAUGCAGGACCUUCGUAGCAGAAUUGUACGCUGUGACCAGGCCCUGACAAAGCACAGUGCGGAUAUAAACAGCUGUCGCAGUGAGAUAACCGGUGCUAUGCGGGAACAACAAACCAUGAGAGAAAAUCUAAAGGAACACAUUCAUAGAGUGGAAGCAGAGAUGUUAACUAUGAUGGGAGAGCUUGAACGAAUUCAUGGAGAACAGAAUACGGAACUGAAUCACAUGAAAAAGGACACAAAUCGAGAACUAUCUCUGGUUGGGGAGAGGAACAAUGCAAUUUUAAAUGAUGUCAAGGCUACUCUCUCAGCUUACAAACUAUCCAUUGAGAAUGACCGGGAUCGAUUUGAGGAGAGAAUGAUGUCUCUCUUAGACAGAGCCACAGGAAACUGGACAUCUCUCUUGGAAAAGGUUGACAAAAGGAUAGAGGACAAUGUGUACAGUUUAGAGAUCCGUAUGCAAAAGCUGGAGGAGGCACUGACUUAUGAUAGAAAAGUCAUCUCGGAUCUUCAGGCAAAAGUGGAGACUCGAAUUCUAGGCAGACUCGAUACUCAUACUCGUUAUCAUCAGGAAGAACUUGCAAAGGCCAAGCGGGAAUUCCGGGAAGGGUUUACAUCUGUACAUGACAGUAUAUCAAAUGCAAAGAAAGUGUUAGAGGGAAAAUCCAAACUGUUGGAGGACAAGCUUAAAAAAGACAUCAGCCAAGUCCGAAAAUUAGUAGUACUGGCCUAAUGCUAUUCCUUUGCACUGUGGAAAUUGUGUAUUGUACAAAAUACUGGUCCUCAUAUUUAUGUUUUCUCAAACACAUAUAUUUCAAAAUCCUUUAUUUAUGAACUCCAUUAUUUCAAUCCCACAUAAUUUCCCCCCAUCUAUAUUUGUAAUAAAUUAUCUGUGCUAUUUGUUGAACAUUAUUAUUGUCAUUGUAAUGUAUACAAGAUAUACAUGUAUGUUAUAUAAAUGUACUAAAUUUCAUUUUGUAUAGUAAAAUGCAAAAACAAGA